AAAGAAGGUAAUGAACCAAAUUACGAAAUUAAGAUAAAACUGAUAUGAUACAUUUGAAAAAAAAAGUAGUUUAUGUAUGUAUUUAGUAUGUAGUUUAUAACUGUUCAUAUCAGUCUGUUUUAGUAAAACUUUAUUAAAAUACAUUUGCAAAAGGAUUUUUUAUUUUUAUAAGUUCUAACAAUUUAUUUUAAUAUUAAAGCAUAAAAAUAGACAGGCAUACUAGUACGAACAGUUAGUUCUAUAUUUCAUAAUUUUUUAAAUAAUAUAAGAAUUUUAUUUAAUAAUUUCAUAUAAUUUGUUUUCCAAUCAAAAUACAUUAAAAAAAGUGUUUGCUAUUACAUUUUAUUUUAAUAACAAUCUGUUAUUAUUUAUAUAUAAAUUUAGAAAAUUCUUAAAAUAAAACUUCUAUUUUUUAUGUAGAUCAUUUGUGCCAUGAGCAGUUAUUUUAUUAGAAUUUUUAUUUUCAUAAAAGUAUAAAAAAAUUAUAAACUAAUAAAAGUGUACUUGAUAAUAAUGUAAUAGACACCUAAAAUUUGCAGUAAUUAUAGAAAUAUGAUACAAAUACAAUUAAUGGAGAAAUCUGGAAUAUUUAUAGUUCUAAAUAUUUUGAAUGAAUACAUACUAUGUAUAUCUUUUGAAAUAAUUAUUCUAGUGAUUAUUCAAAAAAAUAAUAAUGGAAAACAUGUCUAUUUACUCAAUUACAUUGUUCUAAUAAAAAAAUGUAGAAAUUUUUGAAUGAAAUAUUUCAUGAAUUUCUUAGUGAUAAAAUCGAGAUAGCUGCUGAUUAUCUGUAAUUUUUCAUAUUUGAUGUUUUAUUUCUUUCUAAAUAAUUAUCUACGUAUAAAUGUUUACAUGUUGAUCAUAUCUUUGAAAAAAAGAAAGAAGUUUUUGAAUAACACUUCAAACCAAAUAUCCUGGAUUUAUAUGACAUUGAAUAAAUCAUACCAAUACAGUUAACAUUUGAAGUGUUAAGAACUAAUAUGAUUCCAAACUGUUUGCAUAAAAAUAUUUUAACUGUUUUAAUUCAAUUUGACUUUGAAUUGAUUUUAAAAUUUAGUAAAACAGUUUCUCUAAUAAUUAUUUUUCUUUAGCCAUAUAUAGUUCAUUAAAUUACCUUUGGUGUUUGAGCUUUUACUUUUCCAGCGCGAGCUAAAGACCCGUGGACCUUACCUUAAAAAUUAAGAUGAUGUUAAUAUUAAAAUAAUUUUAUAUUUAUAACAUGAAAUAUUAAUAAAUUAAAAAAAUUUUUUUUAAUUGUGAGAACUUACCACCAGGAAGAGAAACUGUUAAUUCUAAAACAUUUGAUGUAAGAUCUCCAACUAAAGUAUCAUUUUGUAAUAAAAGGCCAGAACAAUAUAAGUUAAAUUCUUGCUUAUCGUAGCAAAAAUGUGGACACAGAAAAAUUCACACCUUCUUACAAUGACUUACAGCGUGAUAAUGGUGGAAAAGACUUCUGUGUGAAGUUGUCUCAAGUGGAAUUAUUCUAUGCUGCUAGAAAUAAGGACAUUAUUGUCUGUUUAGGCAAAAGUUACGAACAAACUUUCAUUGUUAUAAAAUUGAUUCAAGAAUUUGCUACAAAUAACAGACGAUCAUUAAGUAAAGGAGGGAAACGAUCAUUGUUUAUAUUAGCAGACGAAGAAAAAUGUACAAUUAAAGCUAGUUAUAUACAACAACUGACAGAUUUAAAAAUAUUAUUAUGUAACGAUUGUUUACUUACAGAAUUUACAGAAAAAUUCGAAACUUCUCAUGUACUAAUUACAACUUCUAAAAUAUGUGCACAAUUAUUAAUAGAUAAAAAGAUUUUACCACAUCAAAUAAAUCUAGUCAUAGUUGAUGAGUGCCAUAAAUCUAUAGACAAUAAUGAGCUAAAAGUUAUUUUGCAAACUUUCUUGGCAUGUAACAAUGUUCCUAGAAUCAUUGGAUUAGCUGUACCAUUGUUUAAUUUAACCCAAGAGCCUGGAAGAUUGGGAUUUGAAAUAGAAAAAAUAAAAGAUACAUUUCAAUGUGAAGUUGAAACAGCUAGUGAUAUAUUAUCUAUAUUACGGUACAGCCCUAAACCUAAAGAAUAUGUAGUAGAAUAUCCCACAAGUGAGGAAGGAGAAUUACAUAUUACUAUUAAAAAUUAUAUAUUACAUGCUAUGGAGUUUUUACGUGAUCAUCGUCAUGAUCCAACUGAAAUUUAUAAUGAGGAAUUCUAUGAAGACAUUCAAAAAAUACCAGACCCUAUAGAUAAACCUUUUGAGAUGAUGCAAGAUUUUUUAUAUAUAUUAGAAACUCUUGGACCAUGGUGUGCAGAUCGUGCUGCAUUAGCUCUUUUAAUUUUAACAGAAAAAUUAAAAAUAAAAACACCUUAUGAAAGACAUUACUUAUUAUUAAAUAUGGUAGCAUCUGUUUUCACAAAAAUACGAGCUUUAUGUGAUAAUGCAUUUGAAGUUUUAUCUGAGAAAGAAAGAAUAUAUAAAUAUGCUACGCCGAAGGUUCAUCGAUUAUUGCAAAUUUUGAAAACAUAUACACCAUAUUAUACUAAGGAUAUCAAUAGCACUGAUAAUAAACUAAAUAAUGAAAAUAUUUCUCAAAAAUCAGUAAAUAACAGAGAAAGUUCUACUAAAGAUAAAUUUGUUCAAUCUAAAAAAUUAGAUUAUAAUUGGAAAAGUAAUGAAGAAAAUUGUAGAAAACCACCUAGAGCACAACGACACAUGCGUGGUAUUACUGAUCCUGAUUUACUUUGUGGAGUAAUUUUUGUAGAUAAAGCAUUUGUAGCAAAAGUAUUAUUUUAUUUAUUAAAUGAAAUAUCUAUGCACGAUGAAGACUUACAUUUUUUGUCACCUCUUUAUACAAUUGAAAGAAAUGUAGAUGAUAUCAGUUAUUCAAAAGAUUUAGAAAUAGAGCAUAGAAAACAAGAAGAAGUUUUGAAAAGAUUUAGAAUACAUGAAUGUAAUUUAUUAAUUUCGACUUCAAUAUUAGAAGAAGGUAUAGACAUCCCAAAAUGCAAUUUUGUAAUGAGGUAUGACUUUCCAAAAACUUAUCAGUCUUAUGUACAAUGUAAAAGCCGUGCAAGAGCCGCAGAUGCAUUAUAUGUAUUACUGGUACCACAAGAUAUGUCAAAGGAGUAUAUAUGGCAACUAGCCCAAUACCAUUACAUAGAAAAGACUUUGUUAAUAAAAUGUUCUAAUAACGAACCGUCUGAAGAAGAAGAAAACGAAGCAGAUAUGUAUGCUGCUAUGAUACCACAUUAUAAACCGCUUGAUGGAGAUGAUGCACCUAAAGUUACUUUUAAUUCUGCUAUAUCGUUAGUAAACAGAUAUUGUGCAAAAUUACCUAGUGAUACUUUUACAAGAUUAACUCCAGAAUGGUCUAUUCAAGAAAUGAAUGUUGAUAGUACACUUAUGUAUAUAUGUUCUUUACGACUUCCUAUAAAUUCUCCAGUAAAAUAUGUAGUAUCUUCAUGUCCUAUGCCUAAUAGAGCCAUGGCAAGACGAAUGGCUGCUUUACAAUUGUGUAUUGAUUUACAUAGAAAAAAUGAAAUAGAUGAUAAUUUGUUACCUAUCGGGAAAGAAAAUUUUAAAGCUAAACCAGAAGAUGCAGAAGUACCUGCUCUACCAGAUGAAAGUAAAGUGGAUUUUUCUGAAGCUCGGCCAGGAACAACUAAACGAAGACAAUACUAUUAUAAAAAGACAGCUGAAGCAUUGACAGAUUGUAGGCCAAUAAUUGGAGUUCCUUCUUAUUUAUAUCAUAUUAAUCUAGUUUUGAGUUGUCCCUUACCUGAAGAACAAAAUACAAGAGGUCGACGUAUAUAUCCUCCUGAGGAGUCAGCACUUGGUUUUGGUAUAAUAACAUUAAAAGAAAUUCCCAAGUUAUGUCCAUUUCCUAUUUAUACUAGGUCUGGAGAAGUUCAUGUAAAAUUAAAACUUAGUAAACAGACUAUAAUUUUAAAUGAAACGCAAAUAGAGAAAAUUGCUACUUUUCUUAAUUAUACUUUUACAAAUGUAUUAAGAUUGCAACAAUAUUUAAUGCUUUUUGAUCCUAAUGCUUCAGAGAAUUCAUACAUGAUAGUACCUGUAAAAUUAGAUGGAGAAUUUGAUGUCACUGUAGAUUGGUACUUCUUAGAAUGUAUAUAUGCAAAUCGAAAUGCAGGGCCAACUAAAAUCCCUGAAGAAGACAGAAAAGAUUUCAAGUUUGAUGCAUCCAAAUAUCAUGAUGCAGUAAUCAUGCCUUGGUAUAGAAGUCAAGAUCAACCUCAGUACUUUUAUGUUGCUGAAAUUUGUACAAAUUUAAAUCCGAAAUCUUCUUUUCCCGGUGAUGAUUAUAGCACUUUCGAAGAAUAUUAUCUUAAAAAGUAUGGUAUACAGAUACAAAAUUUAGAUCAGCCUUUACUAGACGUGGAUCACACAUCAGCUAGAUUAAACUUUUUAACACCAAGAUAUGUUAAUCGAAAAGGUGUUGCUUUACCAACAAGUAGUGAAGAAACAAAACGGGCAAAACGGGAAAAUUUGGAGCAAAAGCAAAUUCUUGUUGCUGAAUUAUGUGCAAUUCACCCUUUUCCAGCUUCACUUUGGAGACAAGCAGUUUGUUUACCUUGUAUUUUAUAUAGAAUCAAUGCUUUAUUACUUGCUAAUCAAAUACGAUGCCAAGUUGCACAAAUGAUAAAUUUAGGACAGCAAAAUUUAAGUUAUGAUUUUGAAUGGCCAGCAUUAGAUUUUGGAUGGAGUUUAGCAGAGGUUUUAAAGAAGUCUAAAGAAUCUGAGAAAGCAAAAUUAGGCAAGAAUGAAACCAUCCAAAAAAAUUCUGCAAAUGAUAAUAAUUGUCAGAAUAUAUCCAAAAGUAUAAUUGACAAUUUACAUAAAUCGGAUAAGGAAGAUUUAAAUGAAAAUGAUUACGAAUUUCAAUCAAAAAGUGAUAAAAUAAUCGAAACGGAACAAAUAUCGAACGAUGAAAAUGAAUUAGAAAUCGGCACUUGGUCGAGUGAUAUGGCAAUGAAUUCCCUAGAUUUUGAAGCAAAUAAUUUAAAGUCAUUUCCUUUGAAUGUAACCGUUUUGCCAAGUGACAUUAACUGGAGUGAUAUUCGAUAUGGAUCUCCCGCAUGUGAAUCAGAUUUUGACGGUUAUGAAUCGGAUGAUAUUUACAGCGAUGGAUUUGUCGAUAGUUCUGAUGAAAGUGAAGAUGAAAACAGAGGGUUACGAAUUUCUUAUAUGGGCGAGAACGUUGCAGAAGCUGUAGAAGACGAAAAACAAAUAUCUAAACAAGAAAUCAAUAAAAAAAUCUUGGAUUUGUUAGAAACUGAAAAAACUUUGGACGAUGCUUUAUGGUCGUAUGCGGAAGAGGAAGAGAGCUCUUUAAUCGCAAAGCACAGAGAAGCUCACUACGAAUUUGCCAAAGUAAAAGAAUAUGAGAUAGUGCAAAGUGGAUCUUUCAUACCCUGUGAUAGCGAAAUUAUAAUUAAAAGAAAAGCUUCGUGUAGCUUACAGUUUGAAGAGAAUUUGCCAAAUUACGAGCAUAAAGCGUACGUAAAAACUAUAGUCGAGAAAUUCACUAAAGAAAUAUUAAAUAAUAAUAACGGUGUACAGUCAAUUAAAAAGGAUUCUAAUAUAUCAAAAUUUACAUAUCACGCAGAUAGUAAUCUUUUUAGUUUUGACUUUCAACCAGAAUUGGAAAAUCAUCCGGGCCCAAGUCCCAGCUUAAUUUUACAAGCUUUGACUAUGUCAAACGCAAACGAUGGUAUUAAUUUAGAACGUUUAGAAACUAUUGGUGAUUCUUUUUUAAAAUAUGCAAUAACUACUUAUUUAUAUUGUACAUAUGAUAACAUACACGAGGGCAAGCUUAGUCAUUUAAGAUCCAAACAGGUCAGUAACUUAAAUUUAUACAGACUAGGAAGACAAAAAAUGUUAGGUGAGAGUAUGAUAGCAACAAAAUUCGAACCGCAUGAUAAUUGGUUACCUCCUUGUUAUUAUGUACCAAAAGAACUUGAACAAGCAUUAAUCGAAUCUGGUGUACCUUCUACAUUAUGGAAUCAAGCUGACAUUCCAGCUUUACAAGCUGUAAAUCCUUCUGAGAUAACUCAAUUGGUUAGAGAAACGGAACAAAAAUUGGGUGUCAUGAAAAACGAGCUUGAUCGGAAUGAGACAUCACUUUCAAAUAAUUUAGAUAACAUGCGUUGCUUUAUACCGUACAAUUUAAUUACGCAACAUAGCAUUCCUGAUAAGAGUAUUGCGGAUUGUGUGGAAGCAUUAAUUGGAGCUUAUUUAAUUGCUUGUGGAUCUAGAGGCGCAUUACUUUUUAUGACUUGGUUAGGCAUUCACGUGUUACCUACGGAAGAAAUUACCAUUGUACAAGAAUUAGAGCCCAAAGAAAGAAUUCCAGGUAGCACUCCUUAUAUAAAAGGAAGUAAUGAAAAGGGGCAAACAACAUGGACACAGAUUCAUUACGGAAAAUUAGAAGAGCCGCAAAAUCCCUUACUUCGAUAUAUUUCUGAUCCAGAACAAGAAUUGAAAAUGAUGCUCGAUGGUUAUGAGGAGUUAGAAAGAAGUAUAGGAUAUAAGUUUCACGACAUUAGUUAUUUACUACAAGCAUUUACUCAUGCAUCAUAUCAACCUAAUAGAUUGACAGAUUGUUACCAACGGUUAGAAUUUCUUGGAGAUGCUGUUUUAGGUAAUUAUUUAAUAACAAGACAUUUGUACGAAGAUGCUCGACAACAUUCUCCAGGUGCUUUAACAGAUUUACGAUCUGCUUUAGUUAAUAAUACUAUAUUUGCUUCUUUAGCUGUAAGAUGUGGAUUUCAUAAAUAUUUUCGACAUCUUUCUCCUGGUCUAAGUAUUGUUAUAAAUCGUUUUGUUAGGAUUCAAGAAGAAAAUGGACAUUCCAUUAGCGAAGAAUAUUAUUUAAUUGGAGAAGAAGAAUGCGAAGAAGCUGAAGAUGUAGAAGUACCAAAAGCUCUAGGUGAUGUUUUUGAAUCAUUAGCUGGUGCAAUUUAUUUAGAUAGCGGAAUGUCUUUGGAUGCUGUGUGGAGCGUCUAUUAUGCAAUUAUGAAGAAUGAAAUUGAGCAAUUCAGCACCAAUGUUCCUAAAUCUCCAAUUCGUGAAUUAUUGGAGCUGGAACCUGAAACGGCAAAAUUUGGAAAACCAGAAAAAUUAGCUGAUGGACGAAGAGUCAGAGUUACAGUGGAUGUGUUUGGUAAGGGCUCUUUUAAAGGAAUCGGAAGAAACUAUAGAAUUGCAAAAUGUACUGCAGCGAAAUGUGCUUUAAAGAAACUGAAAAGAAUGCAGAAUUAUUCAAGAGAUAAACUAUGAUAGCAUAUACAAUAUUAGAUUAAAGUGAAAACAUAGAAUAGUAUAAAUUUCUGUAAUAUUGUUAUAUUUCUAUAAUAUUGUAUCCAUAAAUACGUAUGAAUUUGUAAUAUAAACAAAUUUUAUGUAUUUUAGCCUAAAAUAACAUUUCAACAAUAGGACAACAUUUACAAAUUUCAUAUUAUAUAUAACUUAUAAUGAAAUUUAUUAUUGCAUUUAAUGAAAGAAAAUUUUGAGAAAGAAGCAUAAAUAUAUCUUAUACUGUAAAUAUUUAAACAACAACCAUAUAAAAAGUACUUAAACUUUCUUAAAUAUGC